UAAUAUGCAAAACGAAUCUCAUUGCAAUAAUUUAUAACUGUGCGUGGCUUAUUCAUUUGUUUAUUGCGCGUUGCCCGUUGUCAUGCAUUUUGUCACACAACAGCGGCAGCAACAGCAACAACAACACAAACAAACACAACAGCAAAAAUCAACAACAAAAACAACAGCUCGCUUUGUGUCACUCUGCAAAUCUUCCAGCCAAGGUGCUUUGCCCAAAUCCUUGGCCACAGCUCAAAGUCCGCUGCGGCAAUCCUCACAACAACAACAACAACCACAACAUAGGCAUAAACGAGCCGCCAGCCUUAAUUUGAACUCCAUGCGAGAUUCGAUUGGCGAUGACAACAUCACAACUGCAACAAACAGCGUCAACGGCAGCCAGCUAAGCAGCAAACUCUUGACCAUUCAAGAAGCGGCCGGCACUCUAGAGCGCAGCAGCAGCGUUACCUUAGCCACAGCUUUGUCUUCAGCACAGGCCACUUCCGUCUCUGUAGCCUCUGUCGCCUGUCAUGAGACGCAGCUCAGCUGCAGCAACAGCAACAACAGCAACAACAGCAACAGCAACAGCAAUAGUAGCAGCAACAACAACAGCAACAGCAGUAACCAUCAGAACGUAGCACCUUCCAGCCCACAGGCCAAUAAUACGCCCAGUAUUAGCAUAAGCCAAGCGGAACCAAAGGAGCAACAGCAGCAGCAAUCGUCGCUCUCGCAGAGCCUCGAGACUAACGGCCAGCAGGGUGGCUCCUGCACAGAUAGUCCGAGCAGCCGCAAGAGCUCCACCAGCUCCAAGGGCAAGUCGGCCAAGUUAUCCACAUCGAGCAGUGGACGUGAUGAGGAUGCACAGAGUAAACUAAGCGAAUCGAAUAGCACAGAAGGCGUUAUACUACGUGGAGAUCCCACAGCGACCGAUAAGCCCAACAAGGGCACUUCACGACUCUCCGAACGGGCCAAGAAGAAGUCCUGGUAUAACGUCAUCUAUCCCAAUUACAAGUCUCGUGCCGAGGACUUCAAGAAACUCUUCAAAGAGGUGCCCAACGAUGAGCGUCUAAUUGUGGACUAUUCGUGUGCGCUGCAGCGUGAUAUAUUGGUGCAGGGCCGUCUGUAUGUGUCGCAGAAUUACGUUUGCUUCCACGCGAAUAUCUUCAGCUGGGAGACAUAUGUGAGCAUCAAAUGGAAGGAUGUGACGGCCAUAACAAAGGAGAAAACAGCGCUGGUUAUACCGAAUGCAAUAACGAUAUCCACCGCCAAGGAGAAAUUCUUUUUUGCGACAUUCGCAUCGCGUGACAAGUCGUAUUUGAUGCUCUUUCGCGUCUGGCAAAAUACGUUGUUGAACAAGCAAUUCUCCCCACAAGAAAUCUGGCGUUACGUACACAAUUCGUAUGGCGAGGAACUGGGUCUGACCACAGACGAUGAAGACUAUAUAGAUCCCACUUUGGAUGCGGAUACGGAAACCGAUGUAGAUUUCCAAACGGCCAUCGACGAUCUGGGCGGCGAUCAAAGUUUGUGCAGCCAAAGCACCAACAAUUCGGGACAGUUGCAGCAGCAGCAGAGCGGCAACAGCAGCGCAAGCAGCGGCGGCGGCAGUGCUGCAGUGCGCAAAUCGAAGACGAAAUAUUUCUUCAAUACGAGCAAAUCGUCAAAUCUGAAUUCAUCGGCCAACGCAUCGGCCAGCGGCUCGGAUAAUAAGGCAAGCGACAAUACACGCAAAUCCAACAAGAAAAUGAAGGCGAAUGCCAAAGAGCUGAUACUCAGCUCCGUCAAGACCACGGAGCAAUUGCCGGCUUUAACCAUCAAUGUGCCCAGUGGCAACAGCAGCAGCAAUAGCAACAGCUACAGCCACGGGCACACCCACAGCCACAGCCAGAGCAACAACACCAUCACAACAACAGCCACCGCAACUAUCACAGCAGCCACAACAACAACAACAGCAAACAUCACAGCCAGUGGCUCAGCGAAAGCUGAGAAGCUCAGCAACAAUGCGACUUUGGCAACUGCUCCCGAACUCCAGUCACAUGGCUCGGAUGCCAAGCGCAAGAUGCAAAUGAAAAAUCAGCGGCAACGCGAUGUUGAGCUGGCGGUCAAAAAUAACGAGGCGGGACCCACAGAUAUGUCCGACUCCUCCGAUUCCGAAGCGAACAAUGCGCCCUUUGUGCCCAGCACGGAGUGCACGUCGACGCACGAGGGUCGCCAAAUUGUGCACACAAUAUUGCCCAUUCGAGUGGAUACCCUGUUCAAUUUCCUGUUCUCAAAAUCCAAAUUCCUAACGGACUUCCAUGAGCAGCGCAAGUCGACAGAUCUGUCAUUGGGCGAAUGGCAUAAGAAUGACGAGGGCCAGAACGUGCGGCUGGUCAAUGUGACUGUGCAAUUGGCUGCUUCAGUGGGCCCCAAGACUUCGAAGGUCACGGAAUAUCAAACGAUGCGCGAGUGCAGCAAACCGGGUGAGCUCUACUCGAUAGACGUGAACAGUGUGAAUGCGGGUAUACCCUAUGCGGAUAGUUUCAGUGUAUUGAUACACUUUUGUCUGGCGCGCACUGUGGACGAUCAUACGAUGUUGUCGGUGCACGCACAGAUCAAAUAUAAGAAAUCCAUUUGGGGCGUGGUCAAGGGCUUCAUCGAGAAGAAUACGUGGGCGGGUCUGGAGGAUUUCUUCGGAGCGCAGCUGCAUGCGCUGCAGAGCGAGACGUGCAUACCGCCUGCCAAGGGCAAGGGACGGCGACCCAGACGUGGCAUAUUGGUUACAGCAACAACAGCAACAGCUAGCAGCACGGACUAUGACAAGCAACAACAUCCGCAGCAUCAUCAUCAUCAUCAUCACCAACAUCCUCAUCACCAUCAUCAUCAUCAUCAUCAUCAUCAUUCGCAUCAUCGUCAUCACCAUCAUUCACAUCAUCGUCCGCAUCAUCUACAGCAUCAGCAACAGUUGCCGCCGUCGCCUCAACAACAUUUGCAAAUCCAUCCGCAGCAACAAAUUCAUCGUAAGGCCAAAUUGCUCUCAUGUUCAGGUACUUCGACACAGUCAAGGGGCGUCACGGAGGAGUCAAAUAGCGGCGGCACCUCACAGAGUUGCCUGCCCGAAUCGUUGGACAAUUGGGAUUCAAAGUUGUUGCCAGCUGGCGCAGCUGGUGGACUGGCACAUGGAACUGCUGCUGGCAGUGGUGGCGGCAAACAACAAUUGACUGCUCAGCAACAGCAGCAGCAACAGUUGCUGGCUGGCGGUCUGCAGUUGGGCGCGGGCCAAGAUAGAUUCCGGCAUCGCGGCUUGUCGUUCUUCGUUAUAUUGUUAAUGUGCUUGCUGCUGGCAUUAAAUGUGAUAUUAUUACUUAAGCUCUGGAAGCUGGAAGAACACAUUGACCUCGAUCUCAGCCGGCGUGCGCGCAUGCCCACCUUAGCGGCACUCAAGGAGUUACCAAGUUCGAAUCAAGAUUGGCUGGAACUAAUGCGUCAGCAGGAGCUGUCGCACGAAUCGGAGCUACGCAAAUGGCAUCAGGUGCUACACACGGCCAUCGAGCUGCUGAAAAAGACUGAAAAGACUUUGGCUGAAGUCAUGAUACCCUAGCAGUCCUUUCAGCACAACAUAAACCCCCAAUCACAAAUCCCGUUACAAAGUGCACCACACAGAAAUUGAAGUUAAAGGAAAAAUAGUUCUCUAGUUAAGGCAUUCGCUCAGUUCCUUUGUGGUACUGAAAGAGUUGAGAAGAAGAGUUACGCCACCAAAUAAUUGAAAUUCAAUUUCAAAAACUUUAGUCACAAAAUGUUAAAAGAGCUAGAGCAAAAUAGUUGUGUUAUUGUGUUAAGACUUUUAGUUUCGUCCCUCAGUUAAGCUCCUUAUAGAUAUAUACAUGUAUUUAAAAUUUAAUGAAUUUAAAUUUAGCAUAUUAUUAUUAAGUUUAAUUCGUAAAUUCGUCUUUAGUCUGCUGCAUUUAUGUUUAAGUCAAUGUUGGGCAAAUGCUUUAAAAAAAAUUAAUACAAGUUCUCAAAAGUAUUUCAAUACACGCAACACACAGACAACACUCACACACAUACCAGCAACAAAGAAGAUUAAAAAACACUAUGAGCGCCUUGGAUUUUUGUUUUAAAAAAUUCAUUUCCAUGUCUGAUAAGCGCAAAAAAUCGAAAU